AUGUCGAGAGGAAUAGAUCGUGAGUCAUUUGUCAAGGGACAGCUUGAAGCUAUUCAUAAAGCUUUGAACAAGACUGAGCUUCCUUUGAAACCAAAACAUGCGCGAAGCAUCAUUCUGGGAACUCAUACAGAAAGAUCCAGCAACAUCUUUUGGAAUGCUGUAACUCGAGUUCAGCUUGAGAAACACCCUGUGUUGACAUGGAAGUUUUGCCAUUUGGUACAUAAAUUGAUUCGCGAUGGACAUCGCAGGGUUCCUGAAGAAUCGUACAGAUAUAUUCCCAAAAUACAAUCUUGUGGUCAAUUUUGGAAGCAUUUAAAUACUUCUGGCUAUGGUGCAUGUAUCGAAUACUACUCGAAAGUUUUGUGUCAGCGCCUCGAAUUUCACAGAAGAUAUCCUGUCGUGCCAGGAAAUCUGAAUUUAACUGACGCUCAGUUAAAAACCUUAGAAAAGGAUCUUGAUAAUGCAUUUGAAAUGACGAUUGCCAUGUUGGACGAGAUGGACAAUCUCUUGAGCCUGCAAGCUCUCGUCUACUCUACUUUGGAAUGUUUACGAUGGAGCUCUUUAGUUCCUGAAGGGCAAUGCUUGCUUGCUCCUCUUAUCUUGGUCAUUUUGGAUACGAGCAAAUUUUACGACUACUUAGUUAAAAUGAUCUUCAAUUUACAUAGUCUUGUACCUCCAGAUGCUCUGGAAGGUCACCGUACAAGAUUCAGGGAAGCUUUCCGCAAAACCAAGAAGUUCUAUGAAGAGUCCAGUAAUCUCCAGUACUUCAAGUUCCUUGUGUCGAUUCCUACUUUACCUGCCGUUGCUCCUAACUUCUUACAAGCUUCUGACCUCGAAAGUUACCGAACUCCUCACGCUUAUCUUCAUUCCGAAGGCCCUGACGACACAACCAGCGUCGUCGAAGAUACUCUUCUCGACCUGACAAUGGAAACAGCUGCUCCUCCUCCAGCAAUUCCUGAAAAUGACCCAAGAGAUGAACAGAUUGUGGCUCUUCAACGUGAGAUCGAAGACCUAAAAUUCGCGAACGAACGUUUCGUAGCCAAUGCGAAAUAUAGAAUUGAACAGUAUGAUAAUCGUUUGGCUCAGAUUCAAAAUGAAUUUGAUCAUGCUCGCCGAGAAGCAGAUGAAAUCAAAGAAGAGAAACAGCGCCUAGCAGCUGAGCUCGCCACAAGAGACUCGCUCCGCAGUGAAAGUGAUGAUGCCAGGGUGCACGAAGCCAAUGAAAAAGCGAAGCUCACAGACGAGAAAUUUGCCAAAAUGAAAACAGUGUAUGAGAAGUUCCGUUUGGAACAUUUGGAAGCGCUGACCACACUGGGAAAUCUUCAGAAGCAAAUGCAGGAAUGCCUUAAACAGAAGAUGGACAAAGAAGAAGAACUAACUGUUGUGAGCCGCAGAUUGGAAGAAGCCGAGAAAGAGAAACACUCUUUGAUGGCUCAGGUUGCUGGAGAAUCCUCUGUCAUUGACGAGCUCCGUGCCCAACUUGCAAGAUCCGAUAUCGAACUUGUCGAACUCAAACAGCAAUUGGGAAAUAUAAUUAAAUCGUGUUUGGCUAUGUUCUCUCGUUGCUCAGAAGACUUACCAAACUCAACUUCUAUUUCUUACCCCAUUCAUCUUGCUCAAUCUAUGCUACAAGUUUCAACUUCAAUGGUCUCCAAUCUUGCUGAUGACUCCACGGGCUCUGAUACUAUUUUAGCCGCUCACCUUCUCUCAAAUGCUCUGUUCGCUUGUUCUUCUGCCGCUUAUACGGCUUCCAUCCCACACUACGACGGUGUGAAUGAACAAUGUAAAAUAGUUUUGAAUAAAGCUGAAGCUGCCUUCAGUGUAAACCCAGUGAAUGCUUCCUCACUUUCCGCAGAACUAGAGAAGCUCAAUGUUCUUGUUGCUGCUGUUCCUAUCCAAUCAGACAUCGACAAGGAAGUUGUUGGAAAUGAACUGGAGGCUGAAAUGAGGCGAAUGGACGAAGCUAUUAAACAAGCUGUUGAGAAGAUAGAAGCCAUUCAACAAAAAGCUCGCGAGAAUACGAAGGGCGUCAGAUUGGAAGUAAAUGAAUCAAUUUUGGCCACAUGUCAAGCUCUGAUGAAUGCUGUUAUGCGUCUUGUAGCUGCUUCUCGAGAACUUCAACUUGAGAUCGUAGCAGCCGGAAGAGGAGGAACUUCUCCAGCUGAGUUCUACAAGAAAAAUCAUCAAUGGACUGAGGGUCUUUUAUCAGCUGCCAAAUCAGUUGGUGUCGCAGCAAACGUAUUGGUAGCUGCUGCUGAUGGAGUUAUAACUGGAAAAGGAAAAUUCGAGGAACUCAUUGUCGCAGCCCAAGAAAUUUCCGCUUCAACCGCUCAACUAUUCGUUUCGAGUCGUGUUAAGGCAGACAGAGACUCUCAGAAAUUAUCCACAUUGUCAGUCGCAUCUCGUGAUGUUUAUCAAUGUACUGUCCAAGUUGUGGGUUCUAUCAAGUCUGGCCAGAACACGCUGAAUGAGAAAGACGUUCUUGAUUUCUCCAAUCUCACCUUACAUGACGCUAAGAAGGAAGAAAUGGAAUCGAAAGUUCGCGUCUUGGAGUUGGAGCAGGCAUUAGAAAUGGAGCGUGCCCGUUUGCGCGAGUUGCGGAAGCAGCAUUUCCAUAUGGCAGAAGUAGCAAACAAGGAUAACGCGAAUGAUAAGGACAAUUCAUUCGAGAUAUUGGGUUAA